AUGCGCCUCCCUCUCUUCCGCAUCUGGUACUCAACAACGUACACCACCCUCCUCAUAAUCCUCUUCCUCCUCCUCGCUAUAACUCCCGCCGAAACCAUCUACCAAUCAAUUAAAGCUGCCGAGAUCCAGAAGCUCUUCGUGAUUGGUGGUGUUUACCUUCUCACCUUCUUGAUCGUGCUUUUGAUAUACUCGACGAGAAUAUAUACGAAUAGGACGGUGCUGCAGGCGAUCCCGAAGGGCUAUGUACCUGUUGAGAAGGGGGAAGUAGGAAAGGGUAUCAGGAGGAUGGUGGUCAAACAUCUGAGGAGGAGUGCGAUUAUAGCGUGGGACAGCAGGCCGAGGGAUGUUAGGGGAGAGGUUGAUGAUGCGGAGGAUGAAGAGGGUCACGGAAAUGGGGAGGGAAGGCCGAAUACCGCAGGGGGCAAAAAGGAAAAGGACAAGGAUAAAGAGAAAGCACAGAAAAAGAAGGGACACCAUCAUGCUCCCGACGCAACUAUCAUUCCCGUAUCCGCAAAGUCGCCGCCAUGGGGUCACGUCUCGCAUCCUGGCUGGGCGUCCCCUUCGUCUCCCGACUUGCCAAAUCUCCAGUACUGGAGUGUCAUUUGCGAGCUCCCCAACCUCAUCGAAGCCAAAGCCGUCUCCCUCGCACCUCCCGAUCCUGCUAUUGAAGAAGGCGCGCUCCAAUACCCAGAUAAUGCACCGCCCCUUCCAGACGCGCAAAUUGUCACGCUGCUCCAGCGCCCACGAGCGAUGGGCCUGCGUGAAUACCUCGCCCGCCUCGGAGAAUUCGGGCUGGUCCAGCCACCAAGUCUAGGCCCCAAAUUUCUCGCGCGGUACGAAUACGCGCGCUUCUCUACAGACAGUCUUACCGAGGCAGAGUUCAGAAGCAUCAUGUCUGUUUUUGCAGCUAUACUCAGUGGCAUGGCCGAGUUACACCCUGCAGUCAUCGAAGAAGCGCGCGCGCAAAGCAUACUUUCCGACACGCGCAGCCUCGCGCCUACAGACUCCUCAGUGUCCGACAGCAGCUCUUCACACUCGCACCUCCCGUAUCGCACACCGCAGCUUGGCCGCCAACGUUCGGUCUCCUCCUAUGGCGAGGCCGAGAGCCUAGCCAGCAGCGACGAGGGCACACACAGUCCGCAGACACUGCACUCUGCGCCGUCACGACAACGCCAACGCAGCUCUGUAUUCGCAACCCCUCGGACGCCUUCUAAACGGUCUUUGCGCUCGGAGUCAGAGACAGGCUCGGUCUUGGUUCAUGAGGUGCCGCGACGUAGUCCGUCGACCAUCUUGCCCAACUCUUCCACGAGUUCGCUGCGCUCGGCGCAGUCAGUGAUACGUCUGCAUCCAAAUCCUAGUGAAGGGGAGCUGCCGUAUGAAUACCAUAUUGAUGGAGGGUGA